AUGGCAGACCCUCUCAGUGUUGCUGCCAGGCUGGUCGGACUUUUGAUGGCAGCUGUAAAUGUCUCAACGAUAAGGUUGAAAGCUGAAGUCGCCGACGUUCAUAAUAUCCUCGGCCAGUUACAAUUUUUCGUUCUGAGUGAAGCGCGCUUCCAGGUCGCGAAUCUCACUGCUGAUGGUCAAUCAAGUAGUCGCAACCUUGUCCUCCUGCGUGCUGAUACUUUCAGUGAUCUACAAGUGUUCGCCGAAAGUCUGUAUACAGUCCGAGCCAAGAAUGAGCAUCCUAGAGAGAGUACGCUGGAUUUCAAAAGAGGCAGAACUGAAAGCAGUGCUGAGCAGACUCUAAACGCACAAGAGCUCGCUGUCCUCAAGUUGAUACUCAACAUUCUCACCUGCCUGCUCCAGAUCGAAGCCGAGAGCAAGUUUGAUCGACUACAGCUGUAUCUUUCUCGAUUCAAGACUCAAGAGAUUCUGGGCAAGAAGCCAACACUUGCGGAAAGGCUUGUCGUGUAUGCCACCCUGCAACGAGACACCUAA